AUGUCCAUUGUUAAUGUUAUAGGUAUUUCCGGCCCAUUGGUGAAGGUUUGCGGCUUACAAAGCGCAGAGGCCGCAGAAUGUGCUCUAGAUUCCGAUGCUGACUUGCUGGGCAUAAUAUGCGUGCCCAAUAGGAAGAGAACAGUUGACCCGGUUGUUGCAAGAAAAAUUUCAAGUCUUGUAAGAGCAUAUAGAAGUAACUCGGGCACUCCGAAAUACUUGGUUGGUGUUUUUCGUAAUCAGCCCAAGGAGGAUGUUUUAGCUCUGGUCAAUGACUAUGGCAUUGAUAUCGUCCAAUUGCAUGGUGAUGAGUCGUGGCAAGAAUACCAAGAAUUCCUUGGUUUGCCGGUUAUUAAAAGACUUGUGUUUCCGAAAGACUGCGACACAUUACUCAGUGCAGCCUCACAAAAACCUCAUCUGUUUAUUCCCUUGUUCGAUUCAGAAGCAGGCGGGACAGGUGAACUUUUGGAUUGGAACUCGAUUUCCGACUGGGUUAGAAGGCAAGAGAGCCCCGAAAGCUUACAGUUCAUGUUGGCUGGUGGACUCACUCCAGAUAACGUUGGCGACGCCCUUCGACUAAAUGGCGUUAUUGGUGUUGAUGUAAGUGGGGGUGUAGAGACAAAUGGUGUAAAAGAUACUAAUAAAAUCGCAAACUUCGUCAGAAAUGCCAAAAAAUAG